AGGAGAGAGGGGAAAGACAGAGAGCUCUCGCGCCUGCCCAUUCCAAGAUAUCUAUAUAUCUGCUUCUCUUUGAUCCAUUCAGAAAAUCCCGACUGCGAGAUCCAACGACAGCAGAAGCCUCUUGCGAAAGGGGAGGGCUCGCGUGGAUUGGAUGGCUCGCCUUCGGGGCGCACGUGCGGCGGCAAGAGGAGAGGGCAGCCGGCGGCGACGGCAGCAGCAGCAGCAGCACCAGCAGCACCCGCACCCGCACCCACCAGCACCUUUGCACAGGCAAACCCAGAAGCGAGGAGAGGCGGAGGUGGAGGAGUGACUUGGGAAAGACAGCUCCUCGCAGCCUCCCCAGGAAGCCGCCGCCCGAUCACUAGCUGAGCAAGCCCUUUCCUCUGCGCCAGCCGCCGCCGUCGCCGCCGCGCCGCCCUCGCUUGGAGCGUGUGGUUACGCGGAGCGGUUGCUGUUUCGCCUGCCCGCCCGCCCGCUCGGCGCGCGUUGCCGUGUGAUGGCCGGAUGAUCGCGCCGCACCGACGCCCCCGACGCCAGCCCCCGACGCCGUGCACCAUGGCUGCCAAGGAAGACCUGUACAGCAAAGUCACCCCCAGGAGAAACAGGCAGCCCCGGGCGGGGACGAUCAAGCACGGCUCCUCGCUGGACGUCCUCCUCUCCAUGGGGUUUCCCAAAGCCAGAGCACAGAAAGCUCUGGCAUCUACAGGAGGCCGAAGUGUCCAAGCAGCAUGUGACUGGCUCUUUUCCCACGUAUGCGACCCCUUUCUUGAUGACCCCCUGCCUCGGGAGUAUGUCCUCUACCUGCGUCCCACCGGACCCUUAGCGCAGAAGCUGUCGGACUUCUGGCAGCAGUCAAAGCAGCUGUGUGGGAAGAACAAAGCACACAACAUCUUUCCCCACAUCACGCUCUGCCAAUUCUUCAUGUGCGAAGACAGCAAAGUGGAUGCGCUCUGUGAAGCUCUGCAUGCUACAGUGACGCGGUGGAGGUGCAAGUUCCCCACCCCUUUGCCCCUGGAGCUCUACACCUCGUCCAACUUCAUUGGGCUCUUUGUCAAAGAGGACAGCGCUGAGGUCCUCAAGAAAUUUGCUGCAGAUUUUGCUGCAGAAGCCACUUCUAAAGCCGAUGUACACGUGGAACCCCAUAAGAAGCAGCUCCAUGUGACGCUGGCUUACCACUUCCAAGCCAACCACUUGGCCACGCUUGAGAAGCUAGCUCAGAGCAUAGACGUCAAGCUGGGCUGCGACUGGGUGGCUGCCAUAUUUUCUCGUGAUAUUAGAUUUGCUAAUCAUGAGACGCUUCAGGUGAUCUACCCAUACGCCCCACAGAAUGAUGAUGAGCUUGAGCUUGUUCCGGGAGACUUCAUCUUUAUGUCUCCUGUGGAGCAAAUCACUACCAGUGAAGGCUGGAUUUAUGGUACUUCUCUUGCGACUGGAUGCUCUGGACUGUUGCCUGAGAAUUACAUCACCAAAGCAGACGAGUGCGGCACUUGGGUGUUUCAUGGGUCGUAUUCUAUUCUGAAUGCUGCUGCUUCCCCAUCCUUCCUCAUGUUCACUGACGGAGUGGUGGAUCGAAGACUGCAGGAAGAUCAAGGGCCAGGGGAUACUGGUCCCCUCACUAUCUUCUGCCAGAGUAUGCAGCCCUUAAGGAUCACCAACCCACCCGGGCCCCAGAAGAGGUGUCUUUUUGUCUGCCGGCAUGGAGAAAGAAUGGAUGUUGUGUUUGGGAAAUACUGGCUCUCGCAGUGUUUUGACGCCAAAGGAAGGUACAUACGGACAAACCUGAAUAUGCCUCACAGCCUACCUCAACGGAGUGGUGGUUUCAGGGAUUAUGAAAAGGAUGCUCCCAUCACCGUGUUUGGAUGUACACAAGCACGGCUUGUUGGUGAGGCCCUCCUCGAAAGCAACACUGUCAUCCACCACAUCUAUUCUUCCCCCUCACUGCGCUGCGUACAGACUGCACACUAUAUUUUGAAAGGCUUGCAACAGGAAAAUAACUUGAAGAUUCGUGUAGAGCCGGGCUUAUUCGAGUGGACAAAAUGGGUUGCCGGCAGUUCCCUCCCUGCCUGGAUACUUCCAGUGGAUUUAGCUGCAGCCAGUUUGAGUGUUGAUACAACGUAUAGACCUCAUAUACCAGUCAGCAAAUUAGGCAUUUCAGAGUCAUAUGAUACAUACAUCAGCAGAAGCUACCAAGUAACAAAAGAGAUCCUGAGUGAAUGCAAAGCCAAAGGGAAUAACAUUUUGAUAGUGGCUCACGCUUCCUCCCUAGAGGCAUGUACUUGCCAGCUGCAAGGCCUGUCCCCUCAGAAUUCGAAGGACUUUGUGCAGAUGGUCAGAAAGAUUCCAUACUUGGGGUUUUGUUGCUGUGAAGAACUCGGAGAGACAGGUCUGUGGCAACUGACCGACCCACCUAUCCUCCCUCUCACACAUGGACCAACUGGCGGCUUUAACUGGAGAGAGACCUUGCUCCAAGAAUAAGGCAAUAGGAAGGGUUCAACAGCUGGCCUUUCUAAAGACUGGAGAGUGUCUCGUGUAUUAGAACUUUUUCUUCUUCUAAUUACUGAUGGUGAAGAAAAUUAUUCGUAACCUGUUAGAUGGAUUUAAAAAUAACACUGUAUAGCAUAUCUGCAACAGAGUGGGAUUCGUGCGUCUAGAAAAAAUAGCUCAACAUAGAUGUAUGCUUGGAUCGUGGAACAAUAUAUGUGUACUCAAAACACUCUCUCGUUCUCUCUUCAGGCUUCUGUCCAGCAGAAAUGUCUUUGUGAUGUAAGCUACUGAGCUUUAAUAUAUAUAAUUUUUAAAAACCUUGAAUUAAGCUCCAGGGAGGAGAACCAGUUUUCACUGCCUUCUGUAUAACAUUAGUGACAAUUAGGCACUGUGUUCAAAAUUGUGUAAUUCUCUGUUUUGUUGUUUGUUACUCGUUUAAUUUUUCACAGAAUUGACCUUUGCGGUUUCAUUCCCAGCUGUUUCGGAUAGAAUCCAUCCCCCCCACCACAUUUUGCUGAAUUAUUACACACCUACAUUCCACAAAAUUCUACCCAAAAAUUACUAUAGAAAUGGAGUCGCUUCCCUAGUGUAGGAUUAUGUGCCUAGUUUACCACCAUUGUUGGAAUAUUGGAAAUAUUUCAGAUAUAUUUGAAGCAAGCCAAAGGGAUCUUGAUGGGAACAGAAUUUUUGACGGAAGGGAUUGUUCACACAUUGCUUGGAUCUCUCAAUACUUAGUAACACUUAACAAUAUGGCCUCCAUUGAAAAAGCAUUGUGUUUUGAGGUCAUAUGGAAGUUGUGUCUGGGGUGUUUGAUCUUUGAUGGCAUUCCCACGCAUACAAAGCAUUUCUCAUGAUGAACAUGCAUGCUCAGAUUGCCUGCCAAGAUGGUAGUGCUAGCACUUUUGGUGUGCCCUUUAAUGGGACUGGCCCCUGGCAAAUACCCAGCCCCAAUACCCACUGUUUAAAAAUUCUAUUUUCCCCCCCUUUCUUUUGCAAGAUGACUAGCACCUUGGACAAGAGCUGUUAAGGGCAUGCAUUAGAUCUGUUAGCGUUUAAUUGCAAGAUGAUGAUUCUUUUCUGUAACAGGCCCAAAUCCUAAUUUUUAGUGUUUUUAAGUCCUGGCAACUAAGACGCCAUUUCAGGGCAGCGGUCUUUCCAAUCCAGAUAGCAAGGUGGCUACUGAGGAUCACCACAAAAGAGAAAAUGUAAGACCCAAAAAGAAAAUAGGGGUGGGGGGGGACAAAAGUGGACACUGAUUUGCAUAACAUAUACUUAUUUCUUUCUAUAGAUGCUCAUUUAUAAAUGAUUACUGUAAUAGAAAUAGAAGUACAGUACAUCUCUCCCUAGUGGGUAAGACGGUGGACAGGUGGUCUGCAUGCCUUCACAAUCUGCUGUCCAGUUGCUAACGGUGGAUGGGCAGCUCCAAAGUCAUCACUGUUCUCCCCUUCUUGGGAUUCUUUAUAUUUAAACCAGACUUGGAUUGGACAGUCCUCUGCAAAGUAGGACACAUGGCCACAGUAGCAGCAAGCCAGUUUAAAACAGUGACUAUUAUUAUUAUUGUUCAGGGUGCUCUCUCACAUUACCAUAGCUUAUUGGAUCUAUCCAGGCAAGUGAGAAAGAGAUAACUGUUUUACGCAUAUAGUCAAGCCCAGCAUCAGCACUUGGCAUCCUUGGGCAGCUGCUGGGGCCCCAGUACCCUUCCCCAUGCCCAUUAUGGACACGGGCCCUGGACAACCCUUGAACAUUUUUGCCCAGUGCCAGGCAACCAUUUUUAUUUCCCACAGUGCCCUCAAUGUAUUGUCACUCUAGGGCAUUGUGGGAAAUUAAAAUGGCGGCUCCCACUUGGGUUUUCACUGCAGUGAUUGGAGCAUUGGAGCUGCUGCCUUCUGUUGCAGCCCCUGACAGAUAACCCCACUAGGGGUCCCUACCAGAGUGCACCUUAAGGAACCUCUCAAACCUGGAACUGGCCCUGCAUGUAGUUGCACCUAAUAUUGCGAUUAAAGCAUGCAGUGAUCUCUGAGGAGCAUCCAAAAUACAAUGCAAACCAGAAAUUCUGUGAGUUAGGAGGGCUGUUUACAUUAGGUUAUGUUGCUAUGAGUUCUCCUGGAAGACACGGGCUGAGUGCAGAAUACACAGGGAAAAAGAGAUCAACUGAAAUUCAGAUAACGAAUGCUCUUGUUUGUAUUCCUAGACCAUCAGUGCAAGCAGCUAUUUCAAACAUGGGCUUGCCACCUUGAGUGUUACCCUAAAGUAAAGAACAUGGUAUUGAGAGUUGUUGACGAUUACCGAAUUCAAUAAUUGAAUUAUUAUAUGAAUUAUUACUUUGAGAAACCACUAAUAUCAUGGCAUAGUGAAGCUUUCAUCAAUUCAGAUGGCUCCAGGCAGGGGUGGGGAACCUGGGGCCCUCCAGCCAUUUUGGAUUACAACUCCCAUUGUCCCUGACCAUUGGGCUAUGUAUGCUGAUUGGGGCUGAUGGGAAUUGUAAUCCAACAAAAUCUGGAGGGCCACAGGUUCCCCGUUCCUAUUAUAUUCUAAAGAAGCCUUCCCCUGCCUGGCGCCCUCCAGAUAUUUUGGACUAUAACUCGCUACCAACAUCCUGGUCCAGCGUGUCUAGUGCUCAGGGAUGAUGGGCAUUAUAGUCCAGUGGUACUUCCCAUCAACUGAGGGCCUUUGCUCAACACAACAUGUGGGUUGACUUUUUUGCCAGGCUGUUUGCUCUGUCAUCCCUUCAUCCAUGCAUCAUGAGGUUUCCUUUUAAAAAAAUAUAUCUCCAUGUAUACCGGUUGAGUGAGUGGUAGCCAAAUGGUUAAUAGCUCUGCCACACAGCCAGCCUGAACUAGCAUUAAUUCAUGUCACAUUUGAUCUUAUAUAAAGGACAGAAUCAGCCCUGAUGUGGAGCUUUUCAGAGUGUACAGCAGGCACUAAACUGAAACAGAGUCAACAGAAUGCUCUUUGAGUGCAAUAUGUAUAUUUACUUAACUCACAAUGUGUACAUUUAACAUGUAAAAUGCAGCAGGACAUUCUCAAAUGCAUUAUUUUUACCAGGGAUGUAUAGUGCAAAGUCAGGGAGAUAAAACGUUACAUGACAGCAAGAAAACAAACUACUGUUUGCAGUUGUUAUUGCUGUUGGUAUUUUUAGGAAUAUGCAUAUAUAUAUCUAUAUAUCUAUAUAUAUAUGUAAUUUAAACUAUUUUUGGCUAUGUACAGACAUUCUGAAGAUGAGUUAGUUUAUGGAUUCUGCAGAUCUGCUUUCUGAGGAAGAGUUUUAAUGAACUUUGAACAAUGAAUGACAAUCAUGACCAAAAUAUUGGUUACUGGUGUAUAUUUAAUUUGGGGGAGGGGGGAUAGCUUGCCAGGACAGGAUUGUGGUGGUGUUGUGUGUGUGUGUGUUUGCACUGAUGGCUUGUUAACUCUUAAUUAUGUACUGUACAAAAGUAUGUUUGAGUAGCACAUAAGAUAUAGAACAGUUAAAAUGUAUUGAGCCGCUUUCAUUAAUUGAACAUUUUGUUCCACGGUCUUGUCUGAAUGUUACUUAUAACGUCAGGCAAGAUCUGUAUGUAUGGAAUGAUUGGUUUACUAUACAUUUUUGCUCUGUUAACUAUUUAGGCAGCAAUCCCAUGCACGCUAACUUGGGAGUGUGUUCCGCUGAAUGUUGUGGGGCUUACUUCUGAGAAAAAUCUGCAAAAGAUUGUGGACCAGAAUUUUAAAGAGCCUGUUCUGUUCAAGAAAAUUGAAGGCGGGGGAGGAAGAUGCUUGAAUAAUCUCAUACAAAAGUAUAUUUUUGGAUGUUUGAAAAGUUCUCUCCCCCGGCCCUGCAGAUGUUAGGUUUCUCCAAAAAAAGAAAAAGAAAAAAAGAGCAGCGCUUUCCAGUAUUUUUGGAGUGGGAAGAGAUUUUGCAUUAAAGGAAUUGGUGCUAAUAAGGCAACAUACUUUCAGGUGUUGACGUGUUUUACAAUAGAAAGAGGAAAUCCUAUGCCACCUUCACAAGUUUUCAUUAGGACUCUUUUACAAAAAAGAAGAGGAAAAUUGCUGCUUAUGUUUUUCUGUUACUGCUCAUCUUCCAUGUUUUGUCACUAGAAAAUCAUUGAUUUCAAUAAAAAAAGUAUACAGUCUGAAUUUCUCACAAUAAUUGUGCUGAAAGUGUUGAAUUGUGGUUUUUCCCCCCAGAAGCUUUACGUUUUCUCUCCAAACUACUAUUUUGGAGCAGGGGGUGCAGAAGGUACUGAAAGGGGACAGACAUGUUGAUGGAGCAUCUUCCCUGAAAGGAAAAGCUGAGCACUUGAAGCUAUUCAUUUUAUUUAUUUAUUUAUUUAUUUAUUUAUUACAUUUAUAUACCGCCCCAUAGCCGAAGCUCUCUGGGUGGUUUACAGCAAUUAAAAACAUUAAAAACAAAUAUACAAAUUUUAAAACACAAAAACAAUUUAAAAAUUAAAUCAAAAUUUUAGAGCAAUGUUGGAGGUGGUGUGCCUCUGCAAACUAGUAGCUGGGAAUCACAAAUGGGAGAGUGCUCUUGCGCUCAGGGCUUUCUGCCAGGCUUUCCAUAACAGGCAUCUGGUUGGCCGCUGUGAGAACAGGAUGCUGGACUAGAUGAACCUUUGGCCUGAUCUGGUCGCGCUCUUCUGAUGUUCUUACAACUAAAAGGGGACCUGAUUGAAGUUUGUGAAAAUAUGGAGUGCAGAAAAUGUACAGAGACACAUUCUUUAUUCCCUCUCGUAAUACUCGAACUCUGGAGUUGCACUCUUAGGUACACAUACUAAAAAGUAAAGCUUCCUUGAGCUCAAUGGGACUUAUUUCUGAUUAGGGGUUGGUGAAUAUGUCAAUUUUGGUUUCUCUCAGUUUCUCAUCUUUUCAUUCUUAAGUUCACUUCUCCACGUUUCCACACCAGCUUGCAAAAAGUCCUCAUGAAAAUUCAUCAGCAUUUUCAUGCAGCUUUCUCCUAAUAGACACAUUUGUAUGCAGUUUUGCCUAUUAUGCACAUUCUUGCAAAACAUUUUCCCUAAUAUAGCGCAUUUUUGUAUGUUAUUUUCACGUGUAUGUGCAUUUUUAUAUGUUGUUUUCCACUAAUAUAUGCGUUUUAUGACUAUUUUACACUAGCAUAUGCAUUGGUGUACAUGCUACUUGGCUGGAGAACUGCUUUGCAAAUUUUGGAAAAGUGUGAACUUUGAAGGGUGGCUGUGUUUUGCUUCUCAUGUUGUUUCAGAAAGUAUGAAUAAGGUAAGUUUGCUUUUAAAAUGUGGGCAGAUUAGAAUUUUUCUCCAUCCCUACUUCUGAGUAAACAUGUUGAGGAUUGUGCUGAGUAAACACAUUGGGGAUUCAUAGUAGAAUCAAGACAGACAAGAGACUGUACUUUGCAUAACUAGGGAUGGAUGAAUAAACCUGUCAAUUUCAAUUUCUCUCGAGGGCCACAUCCACACCAGACAUUUAUUCCACUUUAAACAGUUGGCCACAUUCACACUGUACAUUUAUUCCACUAUUAUUCCAUUUUAAACAGUCAUGGUGUCCCCCAAAGAAUUCUGGGAAGUGUAGUUUGUGAAGGAUACUGAGAGUUGUUAGGAAAGUCAUAGUCCCCUUACAGGCUGGCAAUUCCCAGAGUUCUCUGGGGAAAAGGACUGACUGUUAAACUACUCAGGGAAUUGUAGCUGUGUGAGGACAAUAGGGGUCUCCUAGCAACUCUCAGCACCCUUCACAAACUACACUUCCCAGGAUUCUUUGGGGGAAACCAUGACUGUUUAAAGUGGAAUAAUAGUGGAAUAAAUGUACAGUGUGAAUGUGGCCAUGGUUUCCCCUAAAGAAUCCAGGGAAGUGUAGUUUGUGAGGGGUGCUGAGAAUUGUUAGGAGACCGUUAUUCCCCGCACAGAGCUCCAGUUCCCAGAAUUCUUUGGGAAGAGGGACUGACUGUAAAACUACUCUGGCUGUUGGAGCUCUGUCCAGAGAAUAGGGGCCUCUUAACAACUUAUAGGAGAGGAAGAAAUUCCAACCCCUCAUUAAGACCACCAGGGGUCAGCGUCUUUAAUUCCAAAAUCCACGCUAUUUGUCUCCUUAAUAAAAUAUUAUUUAUCACCUAUAAGUUUCAACAAUACAGAUGAUCACUCCCAUAUUCUUUGUCCUCAGUUGCAUGUAAUUCCCUUAGAGCUUCUUUGUGGUGGUUUAUGCUUUCAAGCAGUCUUUUUAGAAAAGAAUAUUACAGACCAGUCCAUGUAAGUGCCAUAUAAAAACAUUUUUUGUACAGAUUAGUUUAUGUAGAAUAAGAUCUUAUGCUGUAAUGUACUUUGUUUAUUAUGUU